AUGGUUUCCAAGGCUCACAAGAGAACAGCCAUGUACAGAAACUUACAACUGCUACGUUCCAUCACAUACUCCACUUCCCAAAGGAAAAGUUCAGUGAUAUUGGAAGCAACAGAAUACAUACAAGAUUUGAAGCAUAAACUGGAAGAACUGAACCUGUUAGCAGUUGCAACAGCACAGAAAGUUGUUGAAUAUGAUCCAAUGCCUAAGCUUAAGGUUGAGGAACAGGAAGAGAGGUUUGUGAUCAAGGUGCUGAGUGAGAGGAGUUGCAAGGGAUUGCUAGUGUUCAUCUUGGAAGCCUUUGAAGAACUUGGUCUUGAAGUUCUGCAGGCUAGGGUUUCUUGUGUUGAUAACUUCUGUCUAGAAGCUGUUGGGAACAAAGAGGAGAACAAUGAAGAUUCUCGAACUUUGAAUGUACAAUUAAUUGAACAAGAAGUAUCUCAAGCAAUUCAAAACUGGAGUGAAGUUACACAAGAUUAA